ACUUCUAUCAUUCCGUUCACUUGAAUGCUACCGCUGUGUCUCCUAUCAUAUAAAUAUCGGCUUGAUUAUUCCUUUCUUCGCUGGAACGUGUGUUGGACAGAUCACUGAGUACUGAUCCCCACACACCGAUAUGUUGUCCAGCGCAGCACAGUCUCGGUUGACUAUCAUGUCCGGACUGCCAUCUACAUUAACUCCAGUCGAAUCCGGUGAUCAUGACCACCUUGAUCCGCUAGCUGACCUGGUCUUCGUGUCUACCACUGUCCUGCGACAGGCUCUCGACCUCGUUACCGACAUCCUCACUGAUGAUGACCAACUCACUAAACAAUCGAAGUCCCUUCCUGGCUCAACCAUAGGAAAACACUUGCGACACGCGCGAGACCAUUUCAUUCUGCUCCUGGACUGCAUAGGCGGAGAUGGGCCGUACGUCUUUUCGUACGACACUCGCAGUCGUAACACUCCCAUGGAGAGCAGCCUAUCCAAAGCUCGUAUCGCACUGGCAGAUGCCAUCUCGCAAGUCAAGGCCGUCGCACCUCUCGCGAAAUUAGAUCAACCAAUGACCUUGAACGCAAUAACGCCCUUUCCGCAAACGUUCGAAACAACGUUCGGCCGAGAGUUAUGGUUCGCUGGAUUGCACGCGGUCCAUCACUGGUCUAUGAUCCGCGUGAUAGCUAGCGAGCAGGGUAUAAUGUUACCUGAUGAUUUCGGAUUUGCACCAUCCACUCUCGUCCACAAGGGCAGCGAUGCACCCUUAGGUAAGGCUAAGAUAUGAAACACGGAGGAGAGUUACUUGGUACAUCAUCUGCGAGCUUUUUUGUAAUACGAAUUCGGAUGUAAACUUGUCGCAGUGUUGCAGUGAGGCUUUUUGACAGGGGGAUUUCCUAAGGUGCCACGUGCCAAGGAGCGUAUGCAUAUGUA